AUGAAUAUAAAAGAUUUACUGCACAAUGAAAUUAUCAUAAUAAAAAUAACUGAGUUUUUAACCAUAUUAGAAAUUCAAAAUUUAAUUAUAUCACUAAGAAUAAAUGUAAAAACGAACUUGUAUUUUAUGAAUGAAUGCUUGGCCAUAUUGAUGGACAAGGAAUAUGCAGGUGAAGAUUCAACAGAAGAACCAAUAUCAUCAUCACUUGCAAGUAAAUCGAACGGAAAUGCAAAUCACAAUAGUAGUCGUAGUAGGACUUAUGGGGAAAAUGAAGCCCGUGAUGGAUAUCAAACUUUGAAUAAUGGAAAUGCAUCCCCUGUAAUGAGACACAUAGAUGUUGAAAACGAACGGAACUAUGGAGUUGAUCCCAAUCAAAUAAUUGAUUUGAUAACAUAUGAUGAAGAUCAUGAUGAGAAUUUAGAAAGCUAUGCUCAAAGGAAUACAGUCCUAAGAAUGAAUCGAAUAAAUGGAACCCUCAGGGAGGAACCUCCAAUUGUGGAAUCAAAUCAUGAACAUAUAAUGCCACACGCAGUAAUGGAUCCAUGUAAGAAUGCUGAGGAAAAUGGAGAAGAAGAGGGAGGAGGGAAAAAAAGGCAAAGGAUAAAAUUAAAAAGGAAUAUAUUUAAAAAUUGUUAUCAAAUUAAUGUAAAAAAAGUCCAAUAUAUGAGAGUAAUUAAGAAAUACCUGAAUAUCGAUUUUUAUAGAAAAAAUAAAAAUUCCACGUAUAAUAUAAACCCGCAAAUGAAUGGAAUUAAACGAUUCAGAAAAAUCUGGCUGUACAUACAUCUACAGAACGAAAUAAUAGAUUUGAGAAAGAGGUUCAAGAAUGGAUUUUUAAAAAUAAAUAUUAAUGAACCAGUAUAUAAAAAUAAUAGAAAGCGAUUUGAUAUGUUUCAAAUUUUUAAAAUAAAUAACAAAUUUUAUACUAUUUUUGAUGUACCUUGGGUUUCUAUAUAUUUUCAAUUAUGUUUAAAUUCAAUUUGUGUAUUUUGCCACCAGAAGGUAGAUAGAGAUUCCCUGUGUGUAUUUUCCGAAAAAAUUAAUUUAUCUAUAUCAAAUAAAUUGCUUUUAAAUUAUUUUAAUAAUAUUAUAAAAUCUGGUGAAAUCAAAUUUUCUUCACAUAAGGGAGAAACUCAGAUCACCCCAGACGAACCAGACGAACCAGACGAACCAGACGAACCAGACAAAACAGACGAACCAGGCAAAACAGACGAACCAGGCAAAACAGACGAACCAGGCAAAACAGACGAACCAGGCAAAACAGACGAGCGAGAAGAAAUGAUUACUCAAGGGAAACGAAAUGAUAAAACAAAUGAUGAGUGUAAGGAGCACCCUCAGAAAAGAAAAAAAAUAAGCCAUGAUUUUACGGAGGAUAUCUAUGAGCUUGAUCGUGUGUCCAUUAUAGAUAAGGAAGCUUUUGAUGAUUGGAACAAUAACAUGAUCAAGGAAAAUAACUCAUAUGCCCUUUCGUGGUGUGGAAGUAUUAAUAGUCUUUCGUUGAAGGACACGAACGGAGCAAUCGAAUUGAGCGACACGAACGGUGCAGUCGAACUGAAGGACACGAGCAGCACGAACGACUCAAUCGAUUGGAGUGGCACAAAUGGUGGGACGUCGUGGGGUGGAGGAAGUACAUUUGAUGGUAUUUCGUUGAGAGUUACGAACGAUGGAUAUCCGCAUAAUCAAUUUAACGAAACAUCUAUUGAAAUAAGAGAAGAAUUUUUAGCUGUAAGAAAAACCCACAUAUUUUGCGACGACUGCAUGAGGAUACUCGAAUACAGAAUAAACAUAAAGUCUAUUUUUGAAGCUUUGAAAAAAGAUUAUGAAUUGUUAAAAAAAUUGAAAAUAAUAACGAAAACGUUUAAGAUCCCGAAAGAUCUUUUUUGUAUAUGUAAUUAUUUUUUUUUUAAAGACAAGUAUAUUUUAUAUUUUAAAAAAGUAUCUAGAAACUUGCAAAAUGUAAGGAAAGUUUUAAAGAAAAAAUUAAUUAAUAAUUUUAUAUUCACCUUUUCUCUAAAUUUCUAUAAAUAUGUAAUUCGAGCACUGCUAACAUGUGAUGACAAAAAAAUUUAUUAUUCCGAAAAUAUUUUCUUAUUUGGAUUUUAUGUCAAGUAUAGAAAUUUAUUGACUAUGUUUAGUAGCCCCAGAAUUUUAUAUUUAUACUAUUCCUUCCAUGUUAUUACAGAAAAAAUUAAAAAAUUGCAGGUUUUUUUCUACCAUAAGCAUUUUAUAAAGUUGGCGCAAUCUUUACACUUCGAUGUUGUAGCCAUCAUUGAAAGACUUAAACGAUCUGAUGCAAAGAGGAUUUACAAAGGUAUUUCUAAGUAUAUGUAUGAAAAAUUGAACGAAGGUUUGUUAUCAAACAGAAGUUAUGAUGAACUCUACGUGUUUUUUUUUCAGUGCGUCAAGAAUUACAGAUUUUUCUAA